CAACUUUCCUCAAGUCGUUGCUUUCUACUAAACAGCCACCCACCUCAUUCAUAUUUCCCCUUCCUAUUCAGUCGGUUCGGUUAACAUCACAUCUGCCAAAAUGUCGAAGCCAUUUGAUCCGGAGACGGCGGAGAACUUUGAGGAUAUGGAGAAGCAGUUCGCCGUCAAGGCCGUGGAGCACUUAAUGACGUACUGGUCGAUCCUCGAGAAGGUUCGGGGUUCGCAGCUUCGAUUGACCAAGAUGGAUGACGAGAUCUACGAGAGCUUCAUGAAGGAGUUCCCCGACUUCAACCCUGCCGAGACGAUUAACGAGGACAUAAUGAAGAGCAAGGCUGGCAAGGAGAAGUGGAGAAACUGGAUCAACCAGUAUGAGGGCAAGAUCAACGACUUCAACUUCGGAACCAUGCUCCGGUCGAACCCCAAAUUCGAAUACGAGCAGGAGACUACGAUCUUCGCUAUGCGCAUGCAGUUCUAUGCCGUUGAGAUUGCGAGAAACCGCGCCGGUCUGAAUGACUGGGUUUACGAGCGAUCGCACCCCGACCAGAAAUAAAGUUGAUAUCAGGACCCGUGAGCCUCCAAAUUCUCAGGGCUGUGUGGGACUGCAAUUGACGGGACUUUGUGGACAAUAGCGCCGAGAUCGCGCAAAGAUCGAUCGGUCUUCUAUGGCUCUAGGGUUCAUCUCCAAACCCAAUGCCGUGGAAGUGCCUGCUGUUUAGGGCUCUCUCUUUUGAGUGAUCCGGCAACUUUGCGUUGCUUAGCCAACAUUGACCCGAGCUUAGACAUUUCCCCUCGACACGCGGAACUAUUGGAUUUACCCCGGAGAUUUCUUUUGUACAUACACAUACUACUACCCACUACCUAUCAUACAAUCCAGCCUGUGGAUGUCGACGAAAAAGAAUACAAUGGUGAAUAGAGCGGCACGUGUGUCUUCGUGGCUGAUCGGAGAACAAUGGGUCGUGGGAUCCAUUGAUCUCUCUGCUUACAUCACUUCAAUAUUAC